UUAGACCUUACUUCUACAUGAACCUCUUCUUCUACUUGAUGUUCCUGAUUGCUGUAACCGGAUAUAUUCUUCUGCUAAACUCGGAGAUUUAUCCACAAGAUGGCACUGAGAAAAGUCAGGAGACUCCGGAACUAACCCUAGAUGGAGUACGCAACCAACCUUCAGUAUUAACUUCAGUUUUUAAAUGGAUAACCUUCAUCCUUCUCAUACUUCUUACUGUUCGAGAACUUUUCCAGAUUUUUAUUUCCUUUCGCAGAUAUAUAUUUAGUAUUGAGAAUAUGUGUGAAGUGGCGCUUGUAGUUUUAACUUACUACAUGGUUUUUAACCCUGGAACAGAUCCUUCUUCACAGCAUUUAUCAGGGAUUAUCAUUCUUCUUAGUUGGACCGAGUUUGUACUCCUGAUAGGUCGUCAUCCUCGUCUCUCUACAUACAUCACCAUGUUUAACAGAGUCAGCUGGAACUUCGCUAGUUUUCUUUUAUGGUAUUCCUUCUUCAUAAUUUCAUUUGGACUUUGUUUCUUUAUCAUCUUGCACAAACCUGAAAACUACAAGAACGAGGAGGGGGAGGAGGUAAACGGAUAUUUCGCCAGCCCCAAGCUCUCCAUCAUGAAAACCAUCGUAAUGAGUCUUACAGGAGAAAUAGAGUUCGAGGGGAUUGAGUUUAAUCUAGAUUUUGGCAAGUUUAUCUUUGUUCUGUAUGUGUUCUUCAUAAUGUUGGUUCUGGUCAACCUACUCAAUGGUUUGGCUGUCAGUGAUAUUUCGGAGAUUCAAAGAGAAGCAGAGAUAGUCUCAUGCGUUUCAAGGGUUGAACUAAUCUCCUAUAUAGAAUCUAUUCUUCUUGGAGAUCCUUUCCAAUUCCUCACAAACUUUCCAGAAUCCAGAUUAGCACAGAAACUUCCCUCCUGUAAUGUGUUCACCUCAUGCUAUCAACUCUCCUGUGUUCAACGACUUUUCUCCUUUUUCGGAGGCCGUCGAUUUCUAUUGUUUGCCGACCGACUGCGGAAUAAAAAAGCUGAAUUUCAUCCGAAUUCCUCGAAGAAGGAAAAGAGUGAGCACGGGAUGAGGAUGGGAAGACAGUGUUGGAAAAACGAUUUAAUUCUUUCAGAACAGAUACUUGAGGAUUCUAAGGCUUUGUUGGUUCGAAAGAUGACAGUGUCAGAGUCUGAAGACUUAAAGAAUCGUCUACAGAAGAUUGAAAAAACACUUCUUCUUCUAUCUGACCCUGAGAAAUAUCUGAUUACAAAACUUCAUUAACUAUUUUUAAAUGUAAAAUUGUAAAAUUGGGAUUUAUGCUUGAUUCUUUUGCACUGCAUAUUAAUGUAGUCAUUAAACUGAAGACAAUUUAA